AGUGGCAACAAAGUCUCAGUAAUGACAACUCCUUUUGAAAACACUUCCAUCAAGACAGGACCUGCCAGGCGGAACAGCUACAGGAGCCGAAUGGUUAGGCGCAGUAAGAAGACCAAAAAGAAGGAGAGUUUAGAGAGGAGAAGAUCUCUCUUUAAAAAGCUGGCAAAGCAACCCUCACCUCUUCUUCAUACAAGCAGAAGUUUUUCCUGCCUGAACCGAUCCCUUUCUUCAGGGGAGAGCUUGCCUGGGUCUCCAACCCACAGCUUAUCUCCUAGAUCUCCUACCCCAAGCUACCGUUCCACUCCUGAUUUUCCAUCAGGUACUAACUCUUCCCAGAGUAGCUCUCCUAGUUCCAGUGCUCCCAAUUCUCCAGCUGGUUCAGGGCACAUAAGACCCAGCACUCUUCAUGGCUUGGGUCCAAAGCUUGGUGGGCAAAGAUACAGAUCAGGAAGGCGCAAAUCAGCUGGCAGCAUUCCCCUGUCUCCUCUCGCACGGACACCUUCUCCAACACCCCAGCCAACAUCUCCUCAGCGGUCUCCAUCACCACUGCUGGGACAUUCAGUUGGAAAUACAAAAAUAGCUCAGUCUUUUCCUAGCAAAAUGCACUCACCUCCAACUAUUGUGAGGCAUAUUGUCAGGCCAAAGAGUGCAGAGCCACCAAGAUCUCCACUGUUAAAGAGAGUCCAGUCUGAAGAGAAACUUGCACCCUCCUAUGGCAGUGAUAAAAAACACUUAUGUUCACGAAAACACAGUCUGGAAGUGACCCAGGAAGAAGUGAAUAGAGAAUUGUCUCAAAGAGAAGUAACUCUUCAGAGCUUAGAGGAGAAUGUAUGUGACGUGCCAUCGCUGACACGAGUCAGGCCUGCAGAGCAGGGCUGCUUGAAACGACCCAUCUCCCGAAAAUUGGGUAGACAAGAAUCCAUUGAUGAGCUAGACAGAGAGAAGCUGAAGGUCAAGGUGGUUAUGAAAAAGCAAGAUUUUGCUGAAAAAGCAAAUGCUGCUAUACAUGAACCUAGCAGUGAAACAGAAAAUCCCAAUACCUUAAGACUGGAAGAAAAAGACAAAAAAGCAUUCCAGAAGGUAUUAGAAAGAUCAAACCAGUUUGAAACUAAAAUUGUUGCUGUGGAGACCCAGUCAGCUGGUGGCAUACUCAAAGACACCCUUCAAAAGAAUGCAAACUUGAGAUCAAAUGAUGGUGUUGCUUUAGAAUCACAGCUGUUGUGUCAUGGACCUCCCCCUACUGAACUCAGUCAUAUUUCCUACGACUUCAAAAGAAUUUCCCCUUCAUGUACCCUGCAAGAUGUGCUACCUCAGUCCUCUGACAAGAUACUAAAUGGAAAGGGGGAAAACAUAGAUAAAAUUUUACCAACAAAAGAAUUUGUCAAAUUUGAAAGAUUAGAUGGUAAACUUGCAAAUAUUGAUUAUCUCAGAAAGAAAAUGUCUAUUGAAGAAAAAGAUGACAGUGUCUGUCCAGUGCUAAAACCUAAGAUGACAUCUAAUGUUCAUGAAUGCCUUCAACUUAGUACAGGCAGACCUGUAAACAUACAGCAGGACUCCACUGCAGUUGCAGAUGGUAGAGCAUUUAUUGGCAGUGCACAUGCUACUCAGAUUAACUCAGUUUCUUUUGUUCCUCUCAAGACCUUGAGUGGCAGAGCAGACAUGAGCAUGGAAAAAUCAGCCCUUAUUUCCACUGAAGCUCCUGUCAGAAAAAGUCCUUCAGAAUAUAAACUUGAUGGGAGGUCUGUUUCCUGUCUGAAGCCAAUAGAAGGCACACUAGAUAUUGCAUUGCUUUCUGGGCCACAGGCUUCGAAGGCUGAGCUGCCUUUGUGUGUGCUGCCAGAAGGGCAGAGCACCAGCAGUGAUGGGGGAUCUCCUAAGCCUCCAGUGCCACAAGGGAGUGGUGGGAAGGCAGAAAUGGUCUCUCAGAAAGAGCAGUUGUUAAGCUACCCAAAAUCUGUCAAAGUCAACAUAGCAGAGCCUCAGGUUCUACAAGUAGACAAGAGUUCUCCAAAUCCACCACUCAUCCCUGUGGCUGCAGAAGCAGUGACAGAGAAAAAGGUUUCUAGUCCAGCCACUAAAGGCAGUAUUUCUGUUGUUGAAGCUGUCCAGAAGAAGGAUACCUCCCCUUCAAAACAAAAGGACCAUUCAAUGGAGGUAAAGUCUUGUGUUAGCCAGAGUUUUAAAACUACUCAAAUAUAUUCCAAACCUUCUGCUGCCCAAAGCACUCCUGAAAAAGCUGUAGGAAAAGAGAAGCAAAUACAAAAAGAGUUGCCUGUUAAACAGCCAGUAGCCCAGAGAGGUUUUGAGCCUAUCCCUGCAAAGGUGGAAGUGAUCAGGGAGUCAUCUCUGAAGGUUUCUGUCUCAGACGUCCUGAUAACAACCUGCUCCAAGAGCAGUGAAAAGAAUCAUGCUGACUUCGCUAUUCCACCUGAGAUGCAAGGGAAAAUGCAGUCAGCUGGCCCCAAGGCACAGCCUAAGGAUGGCAGAGAAUCGCAGAAACAGCUAGGUAAAGAUGACAGCAGUGUUUCUAAAAGUUUUGUGGAAAGGGACAUAACCAAGCAGAAAGCUGAGUCUAAGAAAGUUACCACAGAGGCAAAAAGUGACAUUCUUCCAUCCAAAUGGCCCAUGCAACCCUCAAGAGAUUGUGAUCAUAAAACUGAGAAGUCUGCACCAGUUUCCUCUGUGCAGAAGGACAGUGCUAAAGAUAUGGGAAAGAAAGAUCAGAAAUCCCUCACUGAUACACGGCUUCAGACUAGUGAGAGAGAGCAGUCCAGCCAAGUUCCUCGGCACCAGCUUAACACUUCAGGCUCCCCUGUGGUGAAGGAGGCAGUAAGUAGACACAGCACUGUAGAAGUUCAUGCAGGGGUUCAAGAGCAUGUGAAACCUGCUGCCACCUGUGUGGAAAGCAGCAGUAAUAAACCCAGGCCAGCCUCUGAUACCAGUUCCUCCAAGUCUAAGUCCUUGGAUAAACAGGCUUUGUCACAAAAGCCAUGUGCUCCAACCGUGAAAGAAAAAGAAACUGUUACUCAGUUGUCUGUCUGCUCCCGGAAGGAUGGAAAACAUGCCAGUAGAAGUGUCCUAGAUCACCCUUCUCCUGUUGCAUGCUCAUCAAGAAGAAUGAACAAUGAACAUGUGCAGGCUGAAAGACAUGUGGGUUUGGACCAUGGCUCAGUGACCACCCUUCAAAUGAGCAGCACAGCCCCUGACACCAAACCCAAAUCCUCUGCUGUGGGCCUGCUGCCAGCAGGCCCAGAGAGUUCUAAGAGGCAAGACCCAGCAGGGUUGGGGGAAUCUGCUGAUCAAAGGCAACUUCGUUUCAGUGAAAAACAAACCACUGCUCCAAAGCUUUCCACUGUGAAAGACUGUCUCUCGCUGAACAAAGAGGCAGACAGAAGUCCUAGUAAUGAGAUGACCACUGCAGACAAAAGACCUGAAGGAAAAAUAUGCACUGACGCACUUUAUGUUCAGCUAGACAGUGGGAAAGUGGAGCCUGCCCUUUGUCUCACAACCUGUGAUAUCAGAGGGAAAGGAGCAGAAAAAGCGACCUCAAGUAGCAAAAUCUCUCAAGAUAUAAAAGGGAAGGGACAAACUCAUCAGAAACAGCCAGAGGAUGCAAACAAGCAGACUGCAAUAAAACAUCUGUCGCCUGCCAGUGGGCAAAGCUCUUGUCGUGUGCCUGCAGCACCAGGAAAGCCAAUGACUUGUUCAUCCAAUUUCUCUGAAUGUAGACAGGAAGUAUCUGUUUUAUCUUCAGCCAAAAGUGAUGUAUCUUCAGCAAAGGUUAAACCAGGCUCGUCAGAGCUUGCUGCAACUUGCAAGGAGCUAAAUAAGAAAAGCACCUCUUCCACAGGGAGCGGUAAGGCAGAAAUGACUAAGAGUGUUUCACUGAUGGCCUUGCACAGUGCCGCUGUUGUAGCAGAACCCCAUCACCCUGCUUCAAACCUUGGGGGGAAACCUGGAAAUCAAGAAAAGCCUCUUUUCGUUAACACUGUGGAUGUAAAGGGAAAAGAUGCUGUUCUCACUCAGCAAUCUGCUUCAAGAAAACAGAAUGUAGGUAAGGAUUUAUCUAGGUCAGCAGCCACACCUGACCGCCCUAACGCACUUUCUGAUGACAAAGACUCAGCUCGGCAGCGUCGAGGAAAGGAAGUUUCACGGAGCAGUGCUCACAAAAAAGCAUGUUAACUCCAAGGCCUGGCAAGUGUGAAUUCAGCACUAGUGGAAACAGUUCCAAUACGUUGUACUGCCUUUAAACCAGCACUGUGUCGUGUCUUUGUGCGGCAAAGCUUUCAUGUCACUGAAGAAACUAUACAAGGGGAUAUGUAAAGAGAGGACUUUUUUUCAAAAUGCCUUUCCAAUUGUAACCGGUAAAACUGUUACCACAUAGUAUUUGUACAAAAAUACCUUUACAGCCUAGAGCUCUUGAAAAUACUUCUUCUGUAAAUACUUAGCAACGUGUUUGGGGUUUGAAUGUAGCAUAUAUACUUUGCUGCUGGUUGCGUUGUUUACUCUUUCCCUUUUUAAGAUAGUUGCUUUGCCACGUAUUUGCCAUACUCGAAUAUGAAACCAAAUUACUAAAAUUCAGACCUGGCAUGGACAUGCACAAGCACUGGUCUGACUGGGGAAAAAAAAAAGCAGAAGAAAACAGGCCACGAUUUUACUUACUACAAAUCUUAGAUAGAGGCUAAAAAUACUAGUACAGAAUAAUACAGUGACCUAUUGUGAGUUUUUAUGUGUAUUUUUAAUAAUCUGAUUUUGAUAGUACUGUACUUGGCUGGCUGCUUCACCAGAUCUAACACGAGAAAUAACUGUAUCUCCCUGCUGCACAAAGUCUGACUAGAGUAGAUGUCCUUAAAGCUAUGGGAAGAUCAUUUAAUUAUCAGGGCAUCCCAGCAAGAGUCGUGUUCUCUGGUGAAAUGAUGGUUCUUGUCUUGUCUCUUGGGAGUGUAUUGUGUGACUUUCACCUCAGACAAGGCUGGAAUUCUGAAGCACGGGCCAUGUGCUUAGUUUUUGCUGCAGUCCUCUCGAGUUCCUUGAGCUUUUUUAAAUUCAGCCCUUACAGUGUGAGGCACAAGUAUAAGCACAUGACUGGUAGUACUACUAGGUUCAUCCCUGUUCUUAAUACAUUUAGAAAAUACAUUUUGUGGCAUUUAGGUCUGUUUAAUUAGUGUCAUAUAGUUGGUAGCUGUUUUCUAUUUCAAGACAAGUGAGGUAAAAAGGAAAAAUACACUUCGGUAUCAUACCUUUGAAAAAGUUUAGGCUAUCUGAUUUUAUUUAACAUUUUAAUACAUAGCUGGGGCCUUACGUUGUAGAUCUAACUUGCU